AUGAUUGCACGAGGAAUAGAACUUGCAGUAUUAACUGCGUUCAUGGGAGCCGCUUCUUACGGCGUGGGAUCGCUUCCCUUUCGCAUGAAUCCCGACCAUUCCUAUUUGAAUAAAAUUUCCAGAUUUAGUGUGGGAAUUCUUAUCAGUACCUGUUUGGUGAUAGCGAUCCCUGAAGGAGUUGAGAUUCUUUAUGAUGCUGCUCACGUCAACUACUACGACCAGUCGUUGCUGUUUAUGAUUGGUUUGCUUCUUUUUUCGGGUUUUUUCUUCAUGUUUCUUGUUGAUAAUUUGGAGACAAUUUUCAAGCUUUGCAACCGUCCUCCAUUGAACAAUGACCAAUUCGAUGAUUCAGACACUUCAACCGUGGCUAAGCUGUUGCUUUCUAUCUUCAAGUCCACUUUAUCUUUGGGUUUGCUUAUUCAUGCGGCCGUUGAUGGAAUUGCAUUGGGCUCUGCGUUCAGCGAAGAUUCAAAGUCACUUCAAUUGAUCUUCUUUUUCAUGAUCAUUGUCCAUAAAGUUCCCACCGCUUUUAGUCUCCCUACCCUUUUGUUGAAGGAAAAUGUUCCCGUAAACAUUGCAAAAACCCACUUGUUUUAUUUCUCGUUGAUGACUCCUUUCACUUCAUUGUUAACCUAUGUCUUGUUACUGGCGGUGAAGGGCAAGCAAGAUUAUAUUGUCAGUGGUCUUGUGAUCUUUAGCGGAGGGCUGUUUCUCUAUGUUGUAUCGCAGUUUUCUGCAAAGGCUCAUGGUCUGAAUAACGACUUGCCUCAAAUUGGCCAAGAAACCAACAACUCCAAUGAAACUAGUACAAACUUCUUGUGGACGAUAUUUGGAAUGUCAAUCCCGCUUUUGAUUGCUCCUUUCAACUAUUAA